AUGAAUGGACAUACCACAUCUCCCCUCGUGUCGUCACCUUUGCGCGCCCAACGACGGCCCAGCACGAUCGAUCACGACGAGCGUUCGACCGCACAAGAGCAAGGUCUUUGGAACAAAAGUUUACUUCCAGCUCUACAACUCGCGCCUCCGUCGGCUGGUGGCUUUCCUUUUCAGGCCAACACCGGAACGUCCGGCAUCGCUGCAACCACUGACGACCUAGCGUCUCCCGACCGCGUCGCUAGAGAAAGGACGGACACGGGUACACCCUCUCACAGGCGGAGUGUGCAGUUUGCUCGAGGGACGCAGGAGGAGGCUACAAGCACGAAACUUGGCAAAGACAUACCGUGGGAGGAUACCGAUGAGGAAGGCGGCGAACACCCUACAAGGGACAGAUUGAACUCCGCUUCCUUCUUUACAAAGCUUAGAGGGUUAGCGAAUCCCAGCGGUUCCAAUCACGGACGGGCUGGAAGCAGUGCGACCGGUCCAGCUACUCCUAAUGCCGCCCGAUCGCCACAAUCCGAACGCAGUGAACCCUCAUACCCAAUGCCACACGAGGCAGUAGAGUCAGCGACAGAUGCAGAUGAAGAAGAUUCGGAUCAUGGUAAUGUUAAUGGUAAUGAUGUCCGUUCAAGGAAGCGCAGGAAUCGCAAGAGACCUGUGAUGCCAUUUUCGGAGUCCUCGCCCGCUACACCUCGGACGUCGCGAUUCGCCUCAUUUGUGCGCGAGCACAUUCGCGACAGUUCUGUGGCCGGACAGAGUAGUCAGACCCCUGGACCCUCGCGUCGAGGGACACUCUCCGAGCUGUCGGACAGCGGUGAUGACAGAGCUGGUGUAUCCGAGGACGAAGGCAGAGACCGUCUGAAGUCGGCAUGGCGGAGAGGAAUCGAAGGUGCUCGUGGACUGAGCUAUGCGAAUCGAAAGAACACAGACGGGAGUGAAGUUGCAGAAAGGCGGCCUGGGAAUCUACGCCGUAUCACUGGAAUGGGCUUCAGCGGGCACGAUGGGACUACUGGCUCUCCGUUUCGCCAGCGUGCGGACAGGCAUAAUAGUUCGAGCGCACAGAAGUGGCGUCAGGUCAAGGCUGGCUUACGCAUGCUUGGGCAGAGGAAGAAGGACGAGCGUGCCAAAGUCGAUCAUCAGAAGUCCGCCCAGCUGAUGGCCGAGCUUCUAGCUGGAGCUCCUGCCGCGUUGAUCUUUGCAAGCGUCUUCCAGCGGGAUGAGCACGAUCACCGAAAAGUUCCUGUCCUCCUGGAACAGCUGAAGAUCAGCAUCCCUCAUGUGCAAAAUCGGCAAGACAAGAAAGGUGAUCGAGAUUUCGUCUUCCAGGUAGAUCUGGAGUACGGCAGCGGUCCCGCGCGGAUGCAAUGGACUAUCCAUCGCUCGGUGAAUGAUUUCGUCAAUCUGCACGUCAAGUACAAGGCGCAGGGAGCCACCGACAAGGUCCGCCAUUUGCGUGGUGAAGACAAGUCAAAGGCAAAGAUACCGCGUUUCCCCAAAAGUGUCAUUCCGUACGCUCGCGGCAUGCGUGGGCUGUUCGAAAAGAUGCAGGAUGAGGAAGACGAGCAGGAAUUACCGGAAGUUCCGAACCUUGAGGGUGACGCUGAUGCAGGAACCCCAUCACGGCCAAGAGGUCACCGACGGAUGACAUCUUUCUUCCCUCCACCACGGCGACAAAGCACGAGCGAGAUUGGCAAUACAUCAGCAGAUCCGGAUGCUUUGACACAACGUCAGAAAGAGAUCUACGCGACUCGAUCAAGACAGAAGUUAGAGACUUAUCUACAGCAGAUGAUACGGUGGCUCAUCUUCCGUCCGGACAGCACGCGGUUGUGCAAGUUUCUCGAGCUCUCAGCCAUGUCAAUCCGGCUUUCUGCAGAGGGCGGCUAUCAAGGCAAGCAGGGUCUGCUGCAGCUUGCUUCUCGACGGCACCGAGAGAUGCGUCGAAAGACGUUGCAGACGAUGGGUCCGCACGCAUUCAAGGAGAGGCACAAGCGACGCUGGUUCCUGGUCAGGCACAGCUACAUUGUGUGCGUCGACGGGCCGGAGUCUCUCAACGCCUACGAUGUAUUCCUUGUGGACUCGGACUUCGCUAUUGAGAAAGCGAAGCAAAAGAUCCUGGACCAGAAGACUGCUCAAGACAUGGCGAAGAUCGCCACUGAGAACGCUACUCCGACCAAGAAAGCGCAUUUGAUCGCACUCUACAACGCUGAACGUAGGAUCAAGCUCUACGCUCGGAAUGAGAAGCAAUUCUUGCAGUUCCGGGAGUCGCUCGCCCACAUGAUGGAAAACACUGUCUGGUCUCGCAAGCAGCGAUUCAACAGCUUCGCUCCCGUCCGGGACAAUGUCUGGUGUCGGUGGCUUGUCGACGGCCGAGACCACAUGUGGCAAGUGUCGAGAGCGAUCGACAAUGCAAAGGACUUUAUUUACAUCCACGACUGGUGGCUGAGUCCAGAGCUGUACAUGCGUCGUCCUGCAGCAAUCAGUCAGAAGUGGCGUCUCGACCGACUUCUUCAGCGCAAAGCACAAGAAGGUGUCAAGAUCUUCGUCAUUGUCUAUCGCAACAUCGAAUCUGCGAUCCCGAUCGAUUCCGAAUACACCAAGUGGAGUCUGCUGGAUCUGCAUGAGAACAUUUGCGUCCAACGAUCACCGAACCAGUUCCGACAGAACCAGUUCUUCUGGGCUCAUCACGAGAAGCUAGUGGUUGUGGAUAACAUGAUGGCAUUCGUUGGUGGAGUCGACUUAUGUUUUGGUCGAUGGGACGAUCCAUGUCACUCUCUGACCGACGACAAGCUGACCGGCUUCGAAGCCGAUCAGAACGUGCCCAGGGAUUCCGAGCAUUGCCAAGUAUGGCCUGGAAAGGACUAUUCAAAUCCGAGAGUGCAGGACUUUUACGCGCUCGACAAGCCGUACGAAGAGAUGUACGAUCGGACCAAGGUGCCGCGGAUGCCGUGGCAUGACAUUGCCAUGCAAAUCGUUGGUCAGCCUGCUCGAGAUGUCGGACGGCACUUCGUGCAAAGAUGGAACUACGUCUUGCGCUCCCGAGUCCCAUCAAGACCCACGCCCGUCCUCAUGCCGCCUCCGGAAUUCGAGCAGGAAGAGCUCGACAGACUUGGGAUGUCCGGAACUUGCCAAGUACAGAUUCUCCGCUCAUGCGCACCAUGGUCGAUUGGAACUCCGAACAAGGUCGAGCACAGUAUCAUGACAGCGUACUGUGCCAUGAUCAAGGGCUCGGAUCACUUCGUCUACAUUGAGAACCAGUUCUACAUCUCAAGCUGCACGGUGGAAGGCACAGUCAUGCACAACAAGAUCGGUGACGCGAUUGUAGAGAGAGCUAUCGAGGCUCACGAGAAGGGACAGAAGUGGCAAGCGUGCCUUGUCAUCCCGCUGAUGCCCGGCUUUCAGAACAGUGUCGAUGCUCAGGAUGGGACCAGUGUCCGUCUGAUUAUGACCUGCCAAUAUCGCAGCAUCUGUCGCGGCGAGACCUCCAUCUGGGGACGUCUAAAGGCGCAUGGAAUCGAUCCAGAGGACUACGUUCGCUUCUACUCGCUUCGUCAAUGGGGCAAAAUCGGGCCUCGAAAGUGCCUGACCACUGAGCAGCUUUACAUCCACGCAAAAUGCAUGAUCGUAGACGACCGAUCAGCCAUUAUUGGCUCAGCAAACAUCAAUGAGCGUUCCAUGCUUGGGUCGAGAGACUCAGAGGUUGCGGCUAUCGUCACUGACCGCUGCAUGAUUCCUAGCAAGAUGGCUGGGAGUCCGUACGAGGUCGGCGAGUUCCCUCAUACCUUGCGGAAGCGUCUCAUGAGAGAACAUCUCGGACUUGACGUAGACGCUAUCUAUCGUCGCGAGCAGGCUAGAGCGGAGCGAGAAGAACAGGAUGCUGAGAUGCAGAGAAUUUACCGCGACAAUAGCUUCAGGCCAUCCCAGGAAUACUUCGAGAGCCCGCCCUCAACUCCCGCUCCGGAUCAGCUUGCCGCACUGAGCCUCGAUGCGACCACCAACGGCUUGGCUGGCCGCAGGGAAGAUAGCCAGCCUUGGGUCGAUAUGACUCGCACGACCUCAUCAGAUAACAGCUCUGAACCGCCAGAGCAGGCCAAGGAACCCUUUAAGAAAGGUCCGGAGCGAGAUCUUGAUGUUGACGGUUUCGGCACCGACAAUAUGAGGAAGAUUGUGGAGUCGGGUGACUUUGGUGGCCGCGACUCGUACGUCGACAGCUCUGGCCGCGAAGUGUUGAUGAAGAAGGACGCACCCGAUAUUGAGAGAAUCAAGAAUCUUGAGGCGCAAGAAAUGGAGCGCCAACGGGAUGCGAGACGCGAAAGGGCGAAAGCCAUGCCAGCACGCCCUCCUUGGCCUACGGGACGCAUGGACACUGUGGAGCUUGGAUUGCCGACUCGCUCUCUACUGCCGGAACUGCCUGCGCUUGACGAUACAGACAUUGGAGGUCCGCCAUUGAUGGAAGCAUCGUCUGAUGUUACUAAGAACAUCGUCAACCCGAUGCUGGUCAACAUGCGCUAUCCGGAGGUCACCGAAGACUGCAUGACGGAUCCGCUUGCGAACGAGUUUUAUCAUGACAUCUGGAAUCAAGUCGCCGAGAACAACACUAAGAUCUAUCGUCAGGUGUUCCGAUGCAUGCCAGAUUCGGAAGUACUCGAUUUUAAGGCAUACGAGAAAUUCAAUGAGUACAAUGAAGCGUUCAUGCAGUCGCAAGGUCUGGGCAACAGCAAACCAAAGCCAGCGAAGGACGCGCCUGAUAAGUCCGGGCCGGUUGGAGCUUCCAGUCCAGUCGACGCCGAGUUUCCAGUAGAAAAACCAAAGCGUGUCGUCGGUGGUCUUCUUCAAAAGCUACGCUCGGGCAGCAAAGCUUCCAACGUUGCUAACGAGAAAACGCAAGACGACAAUGAAAAGGCAGCACGGCCCAGCGGCUCGCCAGACUCACCGCAGUCCGGGGUCUCGAGUGGACCCACCGCAGUUCCGACGCCAGAUCCGACUCCCCUUGAUGAGAAAGAGGCAGCCAAACAGGAUGACCCUCCAUUGGAUGAGAAUGAGAUCUCCCGCCAGCGCACCGUGCAGUACUCGGAUGAGAAUGAGAUCUCCCGCCAGCGCACCGUGCAGUACUCGGAUGAGGUUAACCUUGCCCCCGAAACGACCGCAACGCAAUCCUCAUCCGUCCCAUUGCAGCAUUCGACUUCCCAAAAGCGUCGCCGACGUGGCACGACGAAAAGCAGCAAUCGUCCACUUCCGGACGAUCUUCUCACGAAGGACGAGGCUGAGGAAUUACUUAAGCAGAUCCAAGGCACUCUCGUCGUGUGGCCUUAUGAUUGGCUUGAGAAAGAAGAGCGUGGCGGUAACUGGCUGUACAACAUUGAUCAGCUCGCGCCGUUGGAGAUUUACGACUGA